UUUUCUUAUUUGAUUCUGCAAUAUUGCGUACGUAUAAUGGAGCACGAUCCCACGGGAGCGUCUUGGACAGUGGAAAGUGCGUCCACUGAUGUCCAUCUAUUUAUACUCUUGUCCUCUGAACUCGCAGAGCCCCCCCGCCGCCGCCAGCCUGACUACAUUUGGAGCGACGCUGUUCAGUGAAGCGCCAGUGGGGAGGGACUGUCGGGCAGAGGAAGGACUUCAGCGGCUGCACUGACGUCCACGACUCAUGCACGACAAACUGCCCACUCAGUAACAUACAAAGUUGUUUUAACCCUUUCUGGAGGACCCAAUGAGUACAGCAAAGACCAAGGUCUGAUGGAAACUGAAAUCUACAGGAACUAAGGCACAACCAAUCUCUUUUCUAUCCCCAACUCCUUGUAAAAGAACAGGGACGCCAUGGAGAACUCCACACUGGAGCCCAGAUCGGAGCGCAUCGCUCGCUACAAGGCCGAGAGGAGGAGGGAACUGGCCGAACGUUUUGGUAAUGUGGAGGAACUACCGUCAAAGUGGGUGAGAAGGGACGGGAAGGACGGCCACAACCUGGAAGAUCAGGCUUGUACGGGGACGUUGAACUCAGAUGGCUUCAGUGUUAACGGCAGGACACCAAGGGUUACAAAUGGAUUAGAGGCAGGCGCUCCCGCAGAGUCCAAUUACCAGGGAAGGCAGGGUUCCCAGGACUCUGUUAGCCUACUAAGUGGAGAGGGGCACCUCCUCCCUGGACACGACGUCCCGCAGCUCCACACUCGGGUGUCGGUAGGCCAGUUGAAAAGUGCCCUUCUGGAGCAGACGGCGAGUGAAGAACAGCCUGAGAAAGUCUGUCCCGACCAUGGGCGUGCCACAUCCUCCCUGGACCUGGCCGUGAACCCUGGCCCUGACGGUGGUCGGCGGCGCACUCGCCGAUACCUCCCUGGUGGUUCUGUCGGGAGUCGCAAGACCAGCGACCGCUUCAGGACACAGCCAAUAACAGCCAAUGAGGUGGAGGAGAGCAGUGGGCUUAUGGACGCAGAGGAGGAAACCAGUGCAGCAGAUGUGAAAACAGACGACAGAGCCAAAAUGAGUGUAGCAGCCAAGAUGUCUUUGUUCAAAGAGCUGGAGAAGUCCUCAUCCCCUGAAGCUUCGGCCUUUCUGAAGCCGCGGUCGGGCGGCGUCUGUCAUGAGCGCAGGGUGCGGCGGGGCAACGACCAGCGCUUUCUCACUCAGCCAAUAACCACUGAGGAAAUGGUGGCUAUCAGUGAACCCAAACCAGCUGUAUCUACGGAGUCCCAGAGUGGAGAUGUAGAACCAGCAGAAGAUGUUGAUGAGAGCUGCAAACUCAGCAUGACUGAGAAGUUGGCCCUUUUCAAUAAACUGUCUCUACCGGGGAGGAGCUGUCCGAGCCACCCUGAUGGACCACCAGAGAGGCGAAGGCAGAAGGGGGCUCGGUACCGAACACAGCCCAUUACUGUGGACGAGGUCAACCUGCUGGAGAAAGGCCCUGUACAACUUCCUGCCUUCCAUCUGUCUGCUCACCUCUCUGACAGACAGCAGGCCUCAUCUGUCAACCUUAAACCCAGUGAGGUUCGUCACGCUCAGCCAAAGCCAGAACCUGAGCCCAGUCCUGGCCAACCUGACCCUGUGCCCAGCUUGAGAGGAAUCCUGAAGAAGAGCCGGACUGAAGACGCAGCAUGGAAUGAGAUGGACAGCGGUCCUAAGGAUCCUCUGUCCAAGAGCCAUGAACAGAAUGGUGGAGGCUGUGAAAGAGCAGCGAUGCAGGAAAUCGUGGCGCCCCCACGUAGACAGAGGCGCGCAGCCUCAGGUGUGGUGGGAGGCUCGGUGACUGCUCCUCCCUGGAGACAGAGGACAAGAAACCGGAGGGAAACCAUCGCUUGUACACCGAGAAGGGUUUCACCAGAGCAGGACAUUCUUCAGGACGAUAAAUCCAGUCCAGGUGCCACAAACAAAGACCUAAGAUGCAGCGGAGAUGCCAGAGGUAAAAGACACGUUCAGGACACGUUGGUGGACCGCCCUCACCUACACCUGGAAACAACCAACACCAGUGUGACCACGGAAGGAACAGAAAACCACGAAGUCGGUCCAAUGUGCUGGGAACCUGUUUUCGCCUCAGUCUUUACUUGCAGUACGCCUCAGUAUAUCAUGUGUUUCAACCAGACAAAUCUGUCAUUUGAAGCACAAGAAGUUUCUUCUCCAACCAACAACCCAACUCCACCUCAGUGGAGACAGAAGGUCAAAGGAGUGGAGGACGUGUCUUCUCAGGACAAAGUUGAGGAAGUGAAUGGACAGAAUGAAAGAAAAGAGAAGGAAACUGGACACAGGAGCAAGAGAGGUCUCAGGUCUCCAGAACCGGAUGCUAACGUGACAUCCCAGAAUAAGAAACACUCAGCUGAAGCUGUGCCUUGUACAGAUGAAGAGAUGCCGGGGGAGUCUGUGACGGAGUCUGAAGCUGUGCAGAACUCCUCGCUAUCAGCGCCUCCUGAGGAGAUGAAGCAGGAGGAGACACCUGUCUGUGGACCCUGUACGUUUGACAGAGGUUUCUACAGUGAUCCGCCGCCUCCGUCUGCCUGUGCUCCUCCAGCCUGUGGGGACGUGACAACGGCGGAGAGUGAGCAGGACCUGGGUGUCGUCUGCCAGACCAACACUCACAUACUGUCGUCAGCGGUAGCGGAGCACAGGCGCUCUGUGCGUCCGUCUCGUCGAACCCAGGGCUCCAGGAACCCUCUGAGGGCCCUGGCUGCCAGAGAGGACAUCAGACAGGACUACAUGGGAGACCGAAUCAGUGCAAGUGCUGAGGAGAGAGCUCAGGCAGAGAAGAAGCGUAAGAACUCCUCAGGGUCCAGUUCACAGGUCAGUGCGGAGUCGUAUCCUCCCUACAGCAGACUGAUGCUCAUCCACGUCAAAGGUAGCUGGCAUGUCCAGGCCCGUCUGGUGGAGCCCUCGGCUCGCUCACUCAACAGUGGAGACUGCUUCCUGCUGGUCACUCCUGAGCAUUGCAUUGCGUGGAGUGGAGAGUUUGCCAGUGACAAAGAGAAAGCUAAGGCGUUGGACUUGGCUUCGUUCAUCCACAGUCACAGGGAUCUGGGCUGUCAGGCCCCUCAGCUCGUCCACCUGGAGGAAGGAGUGAACUCUGACAGCAGCGAGGCCGCGGACUUCUGGGAUUUGUUGGGAGGAAGAACACAGUACAGAGGGGCUGGUGCACCAGAGGAGGAUGAGCUCUAUGAGCUGGCUGUGAUGGAGUCCAACUGUGUGUACAGACUGGUAGACAACAGACUGGUGCCUCAUGAACAGGCCUGGGCCACCGUCCCCACGGUGUCCCUCCUGAAGUCCACUGAGGCCCUGGUGUUUGAUUUCGGCAGUGAAGUGUACCUGUGGCACGGACACGACGUCUCCGGCAGCGGUCGAGCCGUCGCUCUGCAGCUGACUCAGCAGGUGUGGGUCGGAGCUUACGACUACAGCAACUGUCGAGUCAACCCACUGGAUCCCACGCAGAGUAACCCCAGCACGCAGCUGAGGGGUGAGGGCCGUCCAGACUGGUCUCUCUUUGGUGUCGUCUCAGAGCACAGUGAGACAGCUCUGUUCAAGGAGAAGUUCAAAGACUGGUCCGACCGGAGUGGACGCACGGCCGGAGCUGCUGCGGUGGACCACGAGACAAAGCCUGAAUCAUUGCUACCUCAGUCAAACCCCCUGACGCCCUGUGAUGCCAAAGCUCUGGUGUCAGGUCAGUCACUGGACGGAGAUGCUUUGGUCCAUAACACGGUGGGAGGUGUUGAUGUCCCGAGAGGCUACGGUGUCCUCACGCUGGAGGACGGCCCGUGGAAAGAGCUGAAAACGCUGGCGGUGGACACGUGGCACGUCCAGGAGUUUGACGACAGCGAAGUUCCGGUGGAGAGUACGGGGCAGCUUUACGAGGGCGACUCUUACGUUGUUCGUUGGACUUACACCAUCAGCGCUGUUGACAAACAGAUGGACGGUUCAUAUGACUGCGGCUCUGAUGCUGGACAGAAAGAAAAGAUGGCUUUCUUCCUGUGGCGUGGACGUCACUCCAGCGCCAGUGGACGGGACACCGCUGCUUUUCUGUCCAUUGGCAUGAAGAACUCUGAGGAGGCACAGGUGCUGGUACCUCAGGGACAGGAGCCUCCCUGCUUUCUCCAGCUGUUCCAGGGAGGCCUGGUCAUUCACAGAGGCAGGCACGAUGAAGCCCCCUCUGCAGAGUGGCGUCUGUUCUGUGUGCGAGGAGAGCUGCCUGAGGAAGGAUCUCUGUUAGAGGUGGACUGCUGCUGUGCAGGUCUGCGUUCCAGGGGUGCUGAUGUACUGCUGAACAGCCAGAAGGGGGUGCUAUACCUGUGGACUGGCUGUAAAGCUCAGCCCAGCACCAGAGAGGUCGCCAAAAGGGCAGUGGAACGACUCACUCAGAUAUGCCCUCCAGAGCUGGGGCUCGGUAAAAACUCCCCAGUGAAGGUGCAGGCAGUAGACGAGGGCUCAGAGCCUACAGACUUCUGGACAGCACUGGGACAGAUGGACAGGAAGGCUUACGACUGCAUGCUGCAAGAUCCGGGGAAGUACAACUUCACACCUCGGCUCUUUCAUUUGAGUGCAUCAUCUGGAAGCUUUCAGGGAGAAGAGCUGCAGAGUCCGAGUCGACUGCCGGGGCUGGUCAUGGCCAUGCCCUUUGUCCAGGAGAGUCUCUACGCUGCCCCUCAGCCCGCCUUGUUCCUGCUGGACAACCAUCUGGAGGUCUACCUGUGGCAGAGGAGACAGUCUGAGCAGACGGAGGGCUCAGCUCAGGCCUGGAGCUGCUGGAACAGUGAGAGGAUGUGUGCCAUGCAGACAGCGCUGCAGUACUGUAAAGAGAUGAAUCCCAGACGGCCGCCUCAUGCGUACCUGAUCUCUGAGGGUUCUGAACCUCUCACCUUCACCAACGUCUUCCCACACUGGGAGAGGAGAACAGGAGCCCACAUACAGGAGGGUGACACGGGCAGAGGAAAGCUGACCUUGGUGCAGGACGCCCUGGCUGAGCUCAUGCAGACCCAGCACCCUCUGGAGGAGCUGCUGCGGAGCCCCUUACCUGAAGGAGUGGACCCCCAGCAGCUGGAGGUCCACCUGUCUGACCACGACUUCCAGAGUGUUUUGGAGAUGAACGUUCCUCCCUCCAGAGCUGGAAGCAGAUUGAUUUGAGGAAAAGCGAAUGCUCGGUUCACUAGAGAGCGAGCGAGCGGAGUGUGGAGGCGGCCUAACGCUGCCGUGGCAGAAACUCCCUCUUCCACCACAGGCAGAGAAAUAGAGGAAUAACUGUCACUGUGUUGUUGCACAAAGGACUACUCAGCACGUCAUAGGCAAAGAAGCAAAUGUUGACAUUUAUUUCUGUCAGAUCAGUAUAGUGUGUGCACUUUUUAUCAGACAUGAAUUUUAUCCCAACACAUUUUCCUAUAAGAUGUUUUCGUCUCUGUACAAAUCAAUUCCAAGAGUAAAAAUAGGGAAGCGUCGACGGUGAAGGAUAUCAGUGAUGAACAGUGGAAUAAAGAUGAAGUAAACACAUAAACACAUCCGAGCGAAUACACGACAGGCAAAAUAAAAAUGUAAUAUGUUUCUAAUUAUAACUCCACUCACAUCAUAUCUACUGUGCUGUUCAGUUUUUGUGUUGACUGAUAAUCAACUUCUGCAGUCGUGAGGGAUGAUGUUAAGGGACCGACCUUCUGACCCCACACUGUCCAACAAUUAGGCUGAAUCUCCUCUGGUGCUCAGAGCUGGAGCUCCCUGGUCAUACUGGCUGUUUUUUUUAUGCUCAGAAUGGAUUAGCUGAAUAAGCCUCUAACAUGUGACUGUGCAGUGAAGGAGAGAUUGGACUUAAGUCACUGCUGGCUGAUGGUGAAAUAUCCAAAAGCCCUUUUCACUUUAAUACAACCGACAUCCAUAUUUUUAUGGUGACACAAAGAAACGCUGACUCACACGUUCACUCACAAUACAAACAUCAUGACCAGGCAAGUAAAUACACUUCAGUAAAAUACAAUACGAACUAAAUGGUUUAACUUGAUAAUGCAGUUGAACUCUUACAUAACACAACAAAGGACUGAUAGUGAAUUGAAAAAAACAAACAGAAAAUCCCAUACUAUGUGAUGGGCACCUUGUGAGAACCUGAUUUACACUGAAGUAAAAUUAAAAGGUCAUUCAGGUGACACUCUGCAACAAUAGGUCAGAGUUCACCACACAGCGGUAUGUGCCAAGCUUCAUGAGGUUAAAAAAUAUCUAUUUAGAAGCAGUGAAAUAAACAACAACCUGGUCUACAUUAAAAAUACAAGGAUAAUGGACAUUUCUAGCACACAGGAAUGAAAAAAAAAAA